AUGGAGUCACAAGAGGAAUGGGAGACCACCGAUGUGUUGAUCUGCGGGUGCGGCCCUACUGGGGCUAUGCUAUCGGCUUACCUCGGCAGACUGGGAGUUCAGAACAUCAUUUUAGAGAAAGAAGCAGAUAUCACCACUGAUCCACGCGGGAUUGCUCUCGACGAUGAUGGAAUCCGACUUAUGCAGGGGCUGGGGCUAUACAACCACAUUUACACUGAGAUCGGCGCUUUUCACUUUGUGGGUGGAAUCCACCGCGACCUGCAGGCGAAGCCUUUCCUAAGCUUCGACACAGCUUCCACCGAAGGGAAUACCGGGCAUGUCGGCUUCGUUGCCCAUAAACAGCCAGUCCUCGAAAAGUAUCUCCGCCUUGCUGUCAAUCGAUCUGGGUUUUCCGAACUAAGAAGCCGCUGCACCCUGACUUCUAUAUCUGAAGACAACGAUUGGGUAAUUGCAAUAUACAAUGAUGCGUCUGGCACAGAGCAUAGAAUAAAAGCCAGGUUUCUUGCCGCUGCAGAUGGCAAGACGGGGUUUACACGAAAGAUGUACCUGGAGCCUAGAGGGAUCCGUUUAGAAACGGCCGAACAGACAAAAUAUGAACAGACAUGGGUAGCCCUCAACUGGAAGAUGCAUCUUCCAACAAGAGAGACGCAUCCCGAAUUCCCGUUGUGGGAGCUUGGCUACACACCGGAGGAAGUUUACGACCUUUUUUUCCCGGCCGAUUUCCGCUUUCUGUGUAAUCCCCGCAGACCAGCUGUAUGUGGCCGAUUCGGUCCUCCUGAAGACAAAUUGUGGCGGUUUGAGUUUGUUGUAGCCUCCGAUGAGGAUGGAAUGGAGAUGGCGCAGCGACACAAAGUUCGAGAAAUUGUGUCUCCUUAUUUGACACAUCCAGGGAGUCGCUAUGGCAUUUCAAAAGAUGUCGAGUAUCCAGAAGAUUGCAUUGAAGUGCUUCGGUCAAGACCGUUUCGAUUCUCAGCACGAAGUUGCAAUAAAUGGGCACUUGGACGAGUGAUUCUCUGCGGUGAUGCAGCCCAUGUCUUCCCGCCAUUUGGUGGGCAAGGAAUCGCAUCCGGCUUUCGAGAUGCGGUGGCACUCGCCUGGAGACUCGCCAUCGCCUGUUCAUCAAGCCAAAAGUUGGAUCACGAACGCCUGUUGGCUGGAUGGUACCUGGAGCGCAAGCAACAACUGGACAAAUCUCUCGCCUCGACAGUCCGCAAUGGCGACAUGGUCACUGGGGAAGGUCUCCUGCAUAUUCUGACCCGCGAUUGGGGCUUGUGGCUGCUCCAAAUGGUUCCAAGCUUGAAGCACUGGCUCGAGCGAGGACCCCGAGGCGAAGGCCCGACACGGUAUACCCACUCGCCAGAUAUGCCGUUCAUGUCUGAACUGAACGGCGGACUCUGCUUUCCACAGACAUAUUGCGUCUCACUACAGCCGCAUGCCGAGGUGCAGUUUACCGAUGACGUGAUUUUUGAAGAUGGUAAACAGAUGUUCCAGCUCAUCAUCUUACUCGACGAUAUUGGAGAGGCAGAAUCUGCUCUUGAUGACCUGAGGAAAACCAGGAAUGCUAGUGAGCGGCUGUUGCUGGAUGAGGCCACAUUUUUCGUGCCGCGAACUGCAUGUUCCACAUCAACUUUGCCAGAUGCACUUGAACAUCGGGUAUUCCGAAGUGCCACUGGAGAAGAAUUCGCUCAAUCACCUUUGUGCAUAUCUCGACCAUUGCCCCGCGGGUACGACGAGAGACUGAUGUGGCGGAGUGUGAGUGGGAACCGAUAUGUCCUGUUGAGAUUCGACCGGUUUGUCUUUGCAGCGUGCAAGACGAGGGUUGAAUUGCAGAGAGCCACUGAAAGGCUUGCCGAUGCUUUUAGAGCGUAA